AUGCUUGCAAAGCUCGUCACAGUGGUUAACAUGGUUUUUGGGGGCGUCUCUCCGGACAGCAAUCGGCUGCUGUUCAAUACUACGCGGGAUGCGUUCCUACAAGGUCACAUCGACAUUCUCCAGGGCAAGCCGUCGGUUGGAGGACUCCCGGCAAUCCCGCGCCUGGAUCAGAUUUGUGCA